UAAUGACAUACUUCGGCAAAAUGUGCACAAAAAGUUCCAAAGAAUGCGGAAGAUCUACAAAGAAGAUAAGAAAUGGAAGAAAUAUGGCAUAUUAUCCUGCUUUGGCAUCCCUAAACCUCAGGAGAAGAUAAAGAGCAUUUUUGAUAGAGAAUUUUCUAUUACAGAUAUGAUUGAAAAAGAGAAGAAAAAGGAACACAAGAAGAGUCCUUUAGAGUCAAGAGACAGAUUACGUCCUCAAGCUGUCAAACGGAAGGUGAACACCAAUAGAGGAAAUGCUAGAUCUUCAAACCCUAAGAAAAAAUCGGAGGAACUGACCACUACUAACGUAAGCGAAAUGAAAUUCUCAACGCAUAUUAAUAAGCAUUUAAGAGUUUCUAGCCAGCCUAAUAUAAAGACAAGGUAUGUUGUCAAAUAUCUCGACCGCUUUGAAAUGCUGAGGAAGAAGUUAAACCUCAAAAUCCCAAAGAAAGACAAUAAUGAGUCUCCCUCGAUUAACUUUCACAGAAGGAGUCUCUUCGCUCAAUAUGAAGAAAAUGACGAUCUAAUCCCCUCCGAGCAUGGAAAUAACUGUAUUGAUUCUCAAGAUAAACCAUGAAGUAGGGAGCUCCCAAGAAAUAUUGGUGAGACCACUCCAAAAGUAAAACCAGAAGCUUCAAAGAAGAUGUCAGCCAGUUUGUACAAUAAGAAAUAUUUAAAAUAGCCAAAGAGCCAGUGGAAAUCACCAAGGGUCCUUGAAGUAUACUUUUUAUGAGAUUCCGAAGCUUGACUUACGACUGGACAACCUCAAGCAAGUGAGGACGUCAAAGAAUAGAGGCUCUGUAGACACUGCAAAUUGAUCUAUGUCUUACUUUGACCGGAAAUCAGGCAGAAUAGAAGGUAGAAUUAUUAACUCCAAAUUAAAGACUAAAGAGCUUGCCCAAAAAUACCUUCAAAUAAACCAAAACAAAGAUAUUGCCCUCGAGCAAUGGAAUAAUGAGGUUAUUAAACAGAACCUGUGGAAGGUUAAUAGACCUAGAGAGUUCACAAACCUUGGAAAUAUUGAGAGAUAAAUACGACCAAGUGGGAUAUAUUCCAGUUCGUUGUUCUAGUCUCCAUUUGA